UGGGUUCCUUGCGCCCCGCUCCCACUGUCUGUGUCUCAUUUCUCCAGAAAAUGGCGCUGUGUUUACGUCUGUGUGUCUCCCAUCUGCUUCGUUUUGAAUGUUUAGACUUUUGAUGCAUUUAUCAAUUACUAACUGGUAGGAUCAUUUGCGUUGUCUACCCGAUCUAUCUGCGAAAACAAACUGACAAUUGGAUUAAGCAUAGUAGCAACAUCAAGAUAAUGCAGGCUGCAGAGGCUACUGCAGACUCCUCACUGAGAGAGGGAAUAGAGGUGCUCGGAGUGGGGGACAAUGAGAAAACCACUGGUAGGGAAGAGGAAGGUGACGAAGACGGGACAGAUGUAGCAGCUGCAAAAGCAGAGGAGACCAAAUCAGAGGAUGCAAAAGAUGGAGACAAAGGUGGAGAUGCGAUGGAAGGAGAGGGGGAGAUGGAAGCAGACAGCAAGAUGGAGGGAGGCGAUAGAAAGCAGGUGGAGCGAGAGUGGGAAAUCACCUAUAGCGAUGACGAAAUCGAGGACCCCAAAAACUGGAUGCCCCCUCCUGACGAAAUCAAAAGACUGUAUGAGCUCCUUUCAAAAGGGGAGAAGCUGGAACUGAACUUUGUGCCCCUUCCUCGAAGACCGCCUACACCUGAGAGGACCCCCUCGCCCGAGAGGGAUGAUGAGGAUGAGGCGGCAAAAGAGAGGGAGAGGGAGGAUAGAGAGCGCAAGGCCCCAUCUCCCACAGAGUUUGAUUUUGAUGAAGAACAGAUACAACAGACUCCAAAAAAUGCUUUCAUCAACCGACGCAGGACACCAGGGUCCUCGGCUCGGUCCUCUGUCAAACGGGAGGCUAGGUUGGACAAGGUACUGUCAGACAUGAAACGCCACCGCAAAAUUGAGGAGCACAUUCUCCGGACUGGACGAGACCUCUUCAAGAGCGAGAAGAGCAGCCGGGCCGGGCCCGAGGAGGCACUCUCUCCCAACAGUCAAAAAGAGAGAGAAAAGGAGAGAGAGAGAGACAGCGACCCCAGCAAAAUCUUCUCACCAAGACAGAGGCGAUACUGAGACAGGAGGAAGAACUGCAGGCCAAGAGCUUCGACGCUUGAUUUUUUUUUUAAUGCCAUUACCAAUUUUGUAUGAUUGUGCGUUUUGUAUCCUUGUAAUAAACAUGACUUAUAUAUAUAUAUAUAUAUAUAUAUAUAUAUAUAUAUAUAUAUAUAUAUUAUAUAUAUAUCAGUGUCUUGAUAUAACACCCAGACAAGUUCAGAACAGAGGAGUAUAUUUUAGCUAUGAGUUAACAAUAUAGGCUCAGAAGUUUAUACAGUACAUUAAUAAUACGUAUGCAUAAAUAUGCAUUCAAUUCAAAACCACAAAUAAAUAAAAUAAGCAUAUACAGUAAAUCAGUUGAAAUGCAUUUUUCCCCCCAUGGCAAGAGCCACUAACCAAUAAACAUAGAACAAAGGUAUAGUUUAUCGCCGUCUAGACGUUAUUGUCCCAUCUUCUUUCUUGCAUCCAAGGUUACUGGACCACGUUUGUUUUCCUAGUAUUUUAUUUCCAUAUUCAGGGGAAGUAUAGUCAUGUUUUCUGAGUGAAUAGGGCUCCUGAAACCAGUGGCUCAAUUCAAUUUGCUCAGUACAAAUAAGAAACUGAAGAAGCGGAAACAGACUCCUAAAGCAGUUUCAAGAGCUUUAGAAAGGUCAACCUAUACUAAAUGCUACCAAGACAGUGUAUUGAUUAUAUUCUGGUCGAUUUAUGCAAUUCACUAAUUACAGCAGUGGUAAUAUAACAUGUUUUUGAUUUUUUUAUUAAAUAUUCUUGGGCAGAAUACUUGUGUAACGUCAGCCAAUGAAUGACAGUAUGUGGAAUAAAUAGGGCUGCUUUUUU